AUGGCAUUAGCCGUGGUAGGUGGUGCUCUUCUCUCUGCUUUCCUUGACCUUCUUUUUGACAGGCUAGCUUCCCCUGAGCUUGUCGGCCUGAUCCGUGGAAAGAAGCCUGACAAGUUGCUUCAAAAGCCUCCACAUUUAAAACGGUGUUUUGUAUAUUGCUCACUGUACCCCAAGGAUUACGAAUUUCAUAAGAAUGAAGUGAUCCUGCUGUGGAUGGCCGAAGAUCUUUUAAAAGCACAAAGAAAAGAAAAGACUUUAGAAGAAGUUGGUGAGGAGUAUUUUGAUGAUUUGGUUUCAAGAUCGUUUUUUCAAUGUUCAAGUCGUCAGCCUUGGAGUAAUUUUUUUAUAAUGCAUGACCUCAUGCAUGAUCUAGCAACAUUCCUUGGCGGGGAAUUUUAUUUCAGAGCAAAUGAACUUGGAAAAGAAACCAAAUUUGAUAGAAAGACCCGUCAUUUGUCUUUUGCAAGAUUCAGUGAUCCAGUCUCUGAUAUUAAUGCUUUUGAGACAGCCAAAUUUCCAAGAACUUUCUUGCAGAUCAAUAAUGAAGAUUGUCCAUUCAACAACGAAAAGGCACCACGUAUUAUAGUGUCGAUGCUUAAGUACUUGAGAGUUUUAAAAUUUGGUUUGUACCAAAGUGAGCUUGUUCUGCCUGAUUCAAUCGGUGAAUUGAUCCAUUUGCGUUACUUAAAUCUCAAUGGUACAUCUAUAGAAAUGCUGCCAGAGUCAUUGUGUAAUCUGUACAAUCUACAAACUUUGAAGUUGGGUUCUUGCUCUAAUCUGACUAAGUUACCUAGAAACUUUCAAAAUCUUGUAAACUUGCGUCAUCUUCAAAUUGUUGGUACUUACAUAAAAGAAAUGCCUAAAAGAAUGGGGAAACUAAAUCAAUUACACAACUUGGAUUGUUAUGUUGUGGGCAAGCAUAAAGAAAAUAGCAUCAAAGAACUGGGAGGACUUCCAAAUCUCCAUGGUUCGUUUUCUAUUAAGAAAUUAGAGAAUGUUACCAAAGGUGAAGAAGCAAUAGAGGCCAGGAUAAUGGAUAAGAAGCACAUUAGACAUUUAUCUUUGAUAUGGUCUGAAGGUAACGAUGAUAUCAUCGACUUCCAAAUUGAAUUAGAUGUACUCGCCAAGUUACAACCUCACCAAGAUCUGAAAUUGCUGGGUAUAAGUGGUUAUAAGGGAACAAGAUUUCCAGAAUGGGUGGGAAAUUUUUCUUAUCAAAAUAUAACUAGUCUGUAUUUAAAUAGUUGUAACAACUGUUGCGUGCUUCCUUCACUUGGGCAACUACCGUCUCUCAGUGACCUUGAUAUUUCAUACAUGAAUUCGGUGAAAACUAUUGAUGCAGGCUUUUAUAAGAAGGAUGAUUGUUCAUCUGUGACGCCCUUUCCAUCCCUUAAAUAUUUACGCAUUUAUGAUAUGCCUUGUUGGGAGAUGUGGAAUGCUUUUGAUUCAGAAGCUUUUCCUGUGCUUAAGGAUCUUGAUAUUAGAAACUGCCCCAACCUAAGGGGAGAUUUGCCAAAACAUCUACCUGCUCUGCAAACUCUUUACAUUGGAAAUUGUGAGCUUCUUGUUUCUUCUGUCCCAAUGGCUCCCACCCUUCAGGAGUUAAAUAUUCUCAACAGCAAUAAAGUAACGUUUCAUGAGUUUCCUCUUUUGGUAAAAGAUUUAAGGAUAGAAGGAAGGCCAGUGGUAGAGUUAAUGAUGGAGGCCAUCAGUAAAAUCCAACCUACCUGCCUCCAAUCUUUAAGUUUGGAGGAUUGUUCCACAGCCAUAUCGUUUCCAGGUGAUCGUCUUCCUGCAUCGCUGAAAAGUCUGCAUAUCAGUGGUUUAAAGAAGCUGAAAUUUCCGGUGCAACACAAACACGAAUUACUGAAGUCACUAAGAAUAAUUAAUAGUUGUGAUUCCCUGAAGUCUCUCCCACUGAUUAACUUUCCAAAUCUCAUAAAUCUUACAAUCGAAGACUGUGAAUAUAUGGAAUCGCUUUUGGUCUUAGGGUCAGAGUCGUUGAAGAGUCUGAAUUAUUUUGCGAUUCGACGCUGCCCCAACUUUGCAUCAUUCCCGGGAGAAGGAUUGUGUAUGCCCAAUUUGACUCAUCUCAGUGUUUAUGAUUGUGACAAGUUGAAGUCGUUGCCCGAUCAGAUGGAAACUGUUUUCCCAAGGAUGGAAUAUCUUGAAAUAUCAAACUGUCAACAAAUUGAGUCAUUCCCUGGAGGAGGUAUGCCACCUAACUUGAGAACAGUUUCUAUAAAAAAUUGUGUGAAACUACUGAGCAACCAAGCAUGGGAAUGCAUGGACAUGGUUACCUCUCUCGAAGUGUGGGGUCCAUGUGAUGGCAUCAAAUCCUUCCCAGAGGAGAGUUUGCUGCCUCCCUCCCUUGUGUCUCUGCAUCUAAGCGAUUUUUCUAGUCUGGAAACGUUGGAUUGCAAGAGCCUUCUCCAUCUCACAUCACUCCAACAAUUAAACAUUCAAAGGUGUCCAAAGCUGGAGAAUAUUGCGGGAGAAAAGCUUCCUCUCUCUAUAAUAAAAUUAAUGAUAUAUAAAUGUCCCUUGCUGGAACUACGAUGCCACAAAAAGGACCGUCAAAUUUGGCCUAAAAUCUCCCAUGUCCGUGGGAUAAAGAUUGACCAUGGAUGGAUUUAACGAGCAUGGAUGAUGAGAAGAUGAAGAUGAAAGAGUGGCUGAGAUAAGGGGAGAGGGGGCAAUGAAAAAUCGAAGAGAAUAACACCGAUCAAUGACAAUGUCAGGAGUAUAGCACCGGGAAAAACAUCAGCAUGCAGCCAAUAGGUCAUGAGGGCUGGGAUAGGUAAUAAGUAUGAAAGUCACAGAGAUCAUCAUCCUAGCGUUACAGCUGAACCAUAACUGAAAAAAAGCUUCACACUAUUGCUCUGCUAUCUGUUACUGCAUAUUUUAAGUUUUACCUUUUCUAUGAAUAUUGUGUUCCAGGAAACUGUAUACUUCCCAUUCUGUGAUUAUCUUUUUGAAAAUGGAUUCAAAAUUAAUUCUGAGGUGAGAUUUACAUUUAUGUAUAACCUUAGAUACCAUUUUAAA